UCUUCACACAUUGAACAGCUUCCAACAAUGGAGACGCCUGCCUCCAAACCCACCUCCGAACCAUCCUCGUUAAACCUCACCACUCGUCGCGAACGCUCCCUCUAUACAUACAUAAUCCACUCCGUGAUACGACCCUUCCGCUCACACUUAGGCCGCCCCAAGUCCCACCAACCCAAAGGCUCCAUAACUCUCAAACCUAACUUGUACACAAAGCGCAAAUGCAAUAUCACCCACCGAACAGUCUGCGACAUCAAUGUCUACGACCUCGUCCCCAAAACUCCCACCCCGACCCAGACACACUCCCGCAAAUCGCACCUCUACUAUUUCUGUGGCGGUGGCUGGCAGAGCCCACCUUCGUCCCAACACUGGCAACUCUGCGUGCGCAUGGCGAGAGAUCUGCCUGCCAUGACCGUUUCCCUCGUUUCAUACCCUCUGGCACCCAAGAAUGCCGCACCCACGGCUUUCCCUUGGCUCCUCCGCUUUUACCGCGCCAUAUUACGUGCCGCCGAUGACAUGGGUGAGAAAGUCAUCUUAGCCGGGGAUUCGUCUGGCGCAAAUAUCAUCUUGUGCCUCACACUAGAGGCACUGCGAGAAGACUCGCUCUCCCAUCCUCUCUCCUCCGACGAUCCCGAAAAAGCGAAUACCGGGGAAGACAAACAGGAGGUAGACUUGACGAGCAAGCCAUCCCAUCCCAUCGCCCUUCUAGCGACAUGCCCUUCAACCGAUCUAACACGCGCCAAUCCCUCCAUCAAAAAGCUCGCACCCCUCGACCCUAUCUUAACACCCGACUUCGUCAACUCAACCGCGAAAGCAUGGGCAGGUGAAUGGGAUGCCUCGGACCCUCGUCUCUCGCCUCUUAACGCUGACAUAUCUUUAUUGGCGAAGAGUGGGAUAGCGGUACAUGGGAUUACCGGUGGUCAUGAUAUUCUGAGCCCGGAUGGUGUGUUGUUGAGGGAGAAGUGUAAGGAAGUCGGGGUGAGGGGGGAGUGGUUGCACUGGGAGAAGCAAAUGCAUUGUUUUGUGCUUACGGCUGGAUAUGGGGUCCCUGAAGCGAAAGAGGCGAUUGAUUGGGCUAUGAAGGUUCUUCUGGAAGAGUAG